AAUAAUAGAGUGAACUAGAAUAUUGAAGUUGUAGCUUUGUCUUUGAUUGUAGAUUUUUUAUUUUUUUAAUAUUCCCUUGUUCAUAUAAAAGCCUCACACAUGCUAGUAGAAGCCAAUUCAUAUAAUUCCACUUCCACUUCCACAUGAAAUAAAGCUCCUGUUCCUCCCUCAUAAGAAGACCAAAUUGAUCUGAUCCAACAUGGAAACAACAUCAACAAUGGACUGUGGAGAAGAUAUUGCUAUUGAUAUUAAAUCAAUGGCAAUUAACAUAAAUAGAAAGCUGUCUGGUAAUUUAGUCAUGUCAUCGAGUUUUAGCAUUUUCAGAAUCCCAACCAUUCUCUCUAGGCACACCAAAAAUGCUUAUGUACCAAAUGCCUUUGCCAUUGGUCCUUUCCACCGUAACAGUCCCUCUCUCCAAUCCACAGAGAGGAUCAAACAAAAAUACUUGCGUGAUCUUCUUUCUAAUCGUUCGAACAAUCCAAAUUGUCCAACUCUUGACACAUUGUUGACUGCCAUUGACAAAAUUCAAAUGGAAGCUCGUGGGUAUUAUGCUGGACCCAUUGAGAUGAAAACUUAUGAAUUCGUAGAGAUGUUGGUCCUUGAUGGUUGUUUCAUCAUAGAGUUGUUUCGUAAAAAUGAAGAGUUGUUUCGUAAGAAUGAAGAUUUGUCUCCCAGAGACAAAGAAGACCCAAUAUUCACCAUGUCUUGCCUACUCCAAUUUCUACACCAUGACCUCAUAUUACUCGAGAACCAAAUACCUUGGAUUGUGCUUAACACUUUGUUUGACCUCACAAACCCUACACCCUCAAACCAAAAAUCCCUUGUUCAAUUGGCCAUUGAAUUCUUUCCUAGCCUAUUGAGAACCAAAAAUCCCAUCUUGGAUUUUUCAAGUACCGAGUUAGGUAAAAGCAAACACAUUCUUGAUCUGUUGAGGAAUUCAUUGAUUACGAAAUUUGAUGAAAGACAAAAAAUCAAUCAUGACUGGCAGCAUAUACGAUCAGCUACAGGUCUCAGGGACUCAGGCAUCACAUUCAAGCAAAACACUAGAGCAGAAUCUAUCUUGGACAUUAGAUUUUUUUCCAAAACAGGUAUCAUGGAGAUUCCACCUCUUCUUAUUCAAGAAACCACAGAAACAGUGUUCAGAAAUCUCAUAAGUUUGGAGCAGUGUUGCCCUAACUACAAGCCUAUAAUCACUUGUUAUGCUGUGCUCUUGGACAACCUCAUUGACACUAGUGCUGAUAUUCAAGUACUUGAGAGGAAUAAGGUCAUCGAUAACUGGUUGAAUGUUGAUGAUGCUACCAAAUUUUUCAACAGACUCUUCAUUGAUACUUACGUCAAGGAAAACUAUUAUUUCAGUCUUACGAGUGAAGUGAACAAAUAUUGUAAACAACGUUGGAAUAUAUAUCGAAGAGUGCUUACGCGUGACUAUUUCAAACACCCGUGGGCACUUGUUUCAGUCAUCGCUGCCUCUGUUGUUCUUGUUCUUACGUUUUUACAAACCUUCUAUGCCAUAAAAGAUUGAUAUAAGAAGGAUUCGGCGUAAGCAUAUAUCUUUAUAUAUUCUUUUCCCUAUCAGUGAUACAAUGUUGUUGUACCAAGGUAUCAUCUUUAUAUAUUUUGUUUUUGUGGUGAGAAAUAUUAGUGCUUGCGAUUUUGUAACAUUAUAUAUACAUGUUUGUCUUUUGAUAAAGAGAAUAUAAUAAAAUAAAGAGUGUUGU